UCCGUCGUUGUUUCGCCUAGACCAACCCCGUUGCACACUUUGAUCACGUGAUCGCCUGAUGGACAUCAGACCAUGCUCGCGCGUUUGUUGCCAGGGCAGUUCGAAUUGCUUUUCUGAGAGUUCAGUGCAACAUUGAUAUCUGUCGAUGACAUUUCAAUACAGGUUUCGACUGGCAAUUGAUAUGAUUAAAAUCUCAAUUUAUACCUAAAAUUAAUUCACCACAACCACCACAAUGCCUUCAAUGUUCCUGAAUAAAGUUGUGUUGAUAACAGGGGCCAGUUCAGGAAUUGGUGCUGCUACUGCGUCUUUGAUGGCUCUUCAAGGUGCUCAUUUGAUUCUCACAGGAAGGAAUGAUGCUAACUUGUCGCAGGUGGCAGAGAAAUGCUACGAAGAGACAUGGAAUCGUCCCAAGACAGUACUUGGUGAUCUCACUGAUGAAGAAGAUGUAAGGCGAAUUUUCCACUCGACUUUAUCUUUCUUUGGUCGGAUUGACGUACUUAUAAACAAUGCCGGAAUCUUGGAACAGGGUACUAUUGAAAGCACGUCGUUAGAUCAGUUGGACCGAAUGAUGAAAACUAACGUCCGUUCCAUGUACCAAUUAACGAUGCUGGCUGUCCCCCAUUUGAUAAAUUCUCGUGGCAAUAUUGUCAACGUAUCAAGUGUCAACGGUAUUCGUCCGUUUACCAAUGUAUUGGCUUACAACAUGUCGAAAGCAGCAGUCAACCAAUUUACGCAAUCCGUAGCAAUGGAACUAGCUGGGAAACUUGUUCGGGUUAAUGCAGUCAAUCCCGGUGUGAUAUUGACCGAACUUCAAAAACGAGGUGGAAUGACAACUGACAUCUACAGGAAGUUUAUUCGUCGUUGCCAAGAGACGCACCCAAUAGGACGUCCGGGAUUUGCUCAGGAAGUCGCUGAAGCUAUCGCGUUUCUUGCUUCUGACAAAGCUAGUUUCAUCACUGGUGUCACCCUACCAGUGGACGGAGGACGCCAUGCUCUUUCUCCUCGUUAAAAAAGAAAGGCAUCCACUUGUUUUGAUGAUUUUCCUGCCUUACCAACGACCAUUUGUCAACACUUAAAAAGGCUGUCAUGGAGUUGAUGUUCUCUGCUGACAAUUGUCUCACCAGUCUCAAUGCAAUUUUACAUUGUUCUUGUAUUUCUACUAAAGUUCGUUGAAAUUAAAAAUUUAGUUUGAUUGACA